AUGCUUUAUUGUCAGGCUAUUGACCUCGAAAGAAUCAAGGAUACCAAGAUGGUCAUGGAAAUGUGUAUUGCAUCUGACGCUGACGUUCUGCCUAUCAUAGCAAGGUGUCACGAAGACAUGAGGAAAGCAGUAGAGCAGAUUGAUGCCGUUCAAGAUACUGCCAUGGUUGUAGAGCAGUUUAAAACCGGCUAUGCACAUCCACCACCUCUUCAUUUUGAAGAUCUUGGCCGUCCAGAUUCGUGUCUCAACAGCGGAGAUGUUUCACACGUUGACUCGACAUUGAAAAGAGGUAUGCUGAGUGGGGGAAGAAAAGACUGUAAGUCAGUUUCGCGGAAGCAGUCGAUGCACCAGAAGUUUUUCGGAGGUGGAGAUAAGCACAAAAGUGAUUUAAACGGCGAUUAUGGCCAGCUGCCACCACAGCAGCGAAUACGGCGGCUCCAUGCUAAAGUUGCAGAAUUAGAAAAGGAACGAGAAAAAAGACAACAAAGCCGAGAUGGAUUGGCAAAAAUGAAACAGGUUUAUACAGAUAAUCCGAAGAUGGGCAAUGCGGCUGACUGCGAGUCUCAACUUUGUCAGUAUGAGAAGGAAAUUGAAUCUCUCAACCAGCAAAUUGCCAAGUUUCGCCUGCUUUUGGAAGACACACAACUUCAAAGCGGGAACGACACCCCACCCUCUCUCCGAUCAGGAAGUUCAGCCGGAAGUGCACCACCUGCGCGUCUUCCACAUCCGCAAACGUCUCAACGUGAUAGUUACAGCGAAGAGAGCAUCGCGAGCAGUGAUGGUGGCAACACUCCAAACCGAAGUGGAGAACUGCGUCGUGAUGAGGUAUACGAGGAGUGUGCAAUGCCAGCGUUAGGUACAGCCGUUGCCCAGUUUCCCUUUGAAGGUGGUACAGAGGGUACUAUUGGGAUACAAGAGGGUGAAGAACUGUUGCUUAUCGAACGCGAUGAAGGAGACGGAUGGACGAGAGUUCGACGGAUUGAUAGCUCUACUGAAGGCUUCGUUCCUUCAAGUUAUCUCCAAUCCAAAUGGUAUGCAGCCGACGAGACGUAG